CGCUCUGUUCCACCACCACAAGCUCUCAGUUGUCUUACAGUCUCAGUUGUCUGCUGGGUGUGGAGGUCUGGGAAGGCAGCUUUUCGUGACUGACCCGAGACUGCACUGUUAAAAGUCACCUAGGCUGUACCACUCAAGCUGACGCCGAGACUAACCAUCGUGGCUUUCAGAAACAGCCUUAAUAUGAGGUAAAAGCGUUGAAGAACACCCCAGAAUAGCCUUGACAAUGGAUACAGCACUGCCUGACGACCCCAACACCAAGGAGCUGCUAUGGGAGACUGCACUCAUUGAUAAAGUGAAGCAGCACCCGCAGCUCUAUGAUUUCAACCACAAGGAAUAUAAGGAGGCUCAAAAAUGCACUCAAACGUGGCUCUCUAUCGCCAAGCAGCUGGGAAUGCCUGGCCGAUGGAAGGUGUGCAAGGAAAGGUGGCGUACACUCCGAGACGUGUACGUAAGGAACAGAAAGUCUUUCCUAGUGGGAAGGGAAAGAGGCAGGUGGCCGCGGUGGAAAUUCUUCGAUCAAAUGAAUUUCUUGCACGCUUAUAUCUGCCACAGACCCGCUGAAACGGAAAAGCCGCUCCAUGAUAUUAGGAUACAAUGGCAGGACAGCAAACUGGAGUCGAACACAAGUGAUAGUGACAGCAACGAUGAGUCAACACUGCCACACGAAGCCGCCUCCCUUGCCUUCGAAGGCGUAAAGUGUAAGACGGAGGAAGAGGAGGAGGAGGAGGAGGAGAUUGAGAGGCAGACUAAAAGGGCUCGGUUCACUGAUAACCUCUCCACCAUGCAGGAAAGAGACAUUAGGAGCUCUGCAGUGGAAGACUUUGAGGCCGAGCUUUUGCAUGAGGCAGACCCGCUUUCCUUCACCUUCGACGGGCGGCCAAUAAAACAAGAAGUGGAGUGGGCGGAUGAGGAAAUGGAUACAGUGGACAAGAGUUUUCUGAAGGAAGCAUCACCAACACCAUCCCUCACACCACCUACACCAUUACCAACACCACCACCACCACCACCACCACUACUACCAACAGAGAAUAAUAAACCACUGAUACUCCAACUAAAACUUCCUGGGGGUAAAUCCAUCCCUGCAACCAUCAUCACUAACACAAAGCAGGGAUUCAUAAAUAGAAAAGUGGGAAUGAUCAUGCCUACCCCUCUGAGGACAGUUCCCAUCAAGAUCAAGACAGUGACAGGCAGCCAGAUGAGGGCCUCUUGCCUGACACCUAUACUGUCAUCAUCACCCUUGCCAUACUCUCAGCAGGCACCCACCAUACCCAUCCUGAAGGAAGACGGCAAACACACCAGCAGUCCUAAAUCCUCCACAGGCUCCACCCCGUGCCCUGAGCCGGUUCCUUUGGCAGCAGAAGUGGGCACAUCCCAGGAGGGUGUGCUGGAGGAUGAGGAAGAGCUCUUUGGCAGGUACAUAGCAGCUGCCAUAAGGAAACUAACCCGCAAAUCCCGAUCCCAUGCCAAGAUGCAGAUCCAGCAGGUUCUCUUCAACCUGGAGGAGUCUGACAGAAGCAGCCAAGUGAAUGGCAAAGGCUCCAUUGUGGCUGGCAGUGAACAAAAGUGAAGGUGCUGCGUGUGUCAGUAAAUAAGGAUCUCUGAGGGUGUUGACUGCUUGAUUAGGGAGGCAGUGGUUGAGUGCUGAACAGACAUGAACAUAGUAGAAGGUGGAUACUUAAGACUGCAUUAAAGAGGGAACACCCUGUCAAUGCAUGAGAGAAAUACUGUUGUGAUAUUUAAGUGUUUGACUGCUCAAAAUGUAUGCAUGGCAAAACAGAUUCUCAAAAUGAUGAUGUAUGUAUGGCAAAACAUUAAAGUAUUUUCUUCA